AUGUCCAUGUUCCCGGACCUGGGUUCUCCCUCGUUCACUGGCUUGGCUCGUGUCCGAAUCCAGAAACAGCCCACAUCAGCCGAAUCUUUGUCAGAUAUCACAAAGAGCUUUGGGACUGUGCGCUGUCAGAGGAUAAGGGGAGGAGGAGGAGGAGGUGGUGGUGGUGGUGGUGGCCAUCAGCUGCCCAUCGACUUGGCCGAAGCUACGUCGGUCACUGCUAAUAUCAACCUUCUCUCUCUCUGUCCACGGAUGAUGAUGAACUAA